CAAUUGUCUUUGAUCCCUGCCUGUGCAGAGGGCUAUGUUGUGAGAGUGAGGCGGCUCAUCCAAGGUCCGCUGCAUUGAAAUAGCGCCAGCCAUGCCGGAGCCGCUGAAAAAGCCAGUGUCCGCGUUUACCAAGAAACCAAAGGCCCUCGAGGUGACGGCCGGGAGCCUGGCGGAGUUUGUGGCUGAAGUCGGCAAGGCAGAUGCGAAAGUCAAAUGGCAAAAAGACGGCAAAGAUAUCCAAGCCAGCGACAAGCACACGAUCACAUCGGAGGGAGUGCAACACAAGCUGGUAGUGAACAACGUGACGAAGGAUGAUGAGGUGGGAUACGCCGUCAUCAGUGGAACCUCCAAAGUCAAAUUUGAACUCAAGAUCAAAGCGGAAGAUGGAAAAGGCAGUCCUGAAGUGCCCGCUACCCCCACACCAGCAGCCCCAGCAGCCCCAGCAGCUCCAGCAGCUCCAGCAGCUCCAGCAGCACCAGCAGCUCCAGCAGCUCCAGCAGAACAAAAAGAGAAUGUUGCAGCCAGCUCCCCAGAAAAUGCUCCUGUGACUGAGACAGAAGAAGAUCAAUCAAAGACCACACCGCCGUCACCAGGAGGAGCAGAAGGACCCCCUAGUCCUCAGCUGCCCAAUGACACCCAGGAUGAGAAGCCGUCUGAUUCUUCCAGGAAGAAUUCGGUGUGGUCGCUGGGAGAAGGACCUACAGAAGAGGGAGAGAAGUUGGAUGAUUCCAAGCGGUCCACCCUGUUCACUGAGCAGCCCCACAGUGGGACAGUCACUGUUGGUGGAGAUAUCACUUUUGUGGCAAAGGUGGAAACCAAGGAUCUCCUGCGGAAGCCAAACGCAAAGUGGUUCAAGGGCAAGUGGUUGGACCUGGCCAGCAAAGCGGGGAAACACCUCCAGCUGAAGGAGUCAUUCGACAGAAUCACCAGGACUCACACUUUUGAAAUGCAAAUUAUCAAAGCAAAGGAAAACUAUGCUGGAAACUAUCGCUGUGAGGUGUCCUGGAAGGACAAGUUUGACAGUUGCUCCUUUGAUCUGGAAGUUAUCGAAGCCCCGGAGGUCCAGCAGAUCGAUAUCCGAGCUGCUUUUAAACGCAGGGCUGCUCCAGUAAGUGGAACUGAUGGUCAGGAAGACGCAGGAGAGCUUGACUUCAGUGGAUUACUGAAGCACAGGGAGGUUAAGGACGAAAACACGGAGCCCGAUGUUGAUGUCUGGGAGCUCCUGAAGGGCGCUCAGCCACACGAGUAUGAGAAGAUUGCGUUUGAGCACGGCAUCACCGACCUGAGGGGUCUGCUGCGUCGUCUGAAGAAAAUCAAACGAGAAGAGAAGAAAAGUGCUGCUUUUGCAAAGGUUCUGGAACCUGGGUACCAGGUGGAGAGAGGUGACAAGAUAAGGCUCGUGGUGGACUUGGCAGAUCCAACUGUUGACCUGAAGUGGUAUCGCAACGGGCAAGAAAUCCGCCCUGGUCCAAAGUACAUCUUUGAACACAAGGGGACAUUACGUAUGCUGACCAUAAAAAACUGCACCAAGGCAGAUGAUGCGGCAUACCAGGUGUCGGCAGGGGAAGAGAAGAGUACGACAGAAUUGUUUGUUAAAGAGCCUCCCAUUCUGAUCACUCGCGGGCUGGAGGACACAAAUGGGCUGGUCGGGGAGAGAGUGGAAUUGGAAUGUGAAGUGUCGGAGGAGAAUGCCCAUUUGAAAUGGUACAAGAAUGGAGUUGAGCUCGGAGUUUCAUCCAAGUAUCGCAUUAGGACGGAGGGGACGAAGCACUGGCUUAUCAUCCCCGAGGCAGCCAAGGCGGAUGCAGGGACGUAUUCCGUGAAGACCGCGGGGGGCCAGUCAACAGCGGCGCUGAAAGUCGAGAUGAGACCACUGAAGAUCCUGCAAGGCCUCACAGACCAGGUGGCCAAGGUGGGUCAACAGGCCGUGCUUCAGUGUGAAAUGUCGCUGGCCAAUCUGCCCGGAAAGUGGUAUAAAAAUGGACAGGUCAUCUAUCCGACUGACCACCUGAAGAUAUCUCAAAGAGGAAGGAUUCACAAGUUGGUGGUGGAGAAGGCGGCUCUGGAUGAUGAUGGCGAUUACACGUUCGUUCCUGAAGGCUACACAAUGCAUCUCGGAGCCAAACUCCGCAUGAUCGAUCCUCCCAAACUCUACCUGGAGAGCCUCACAAAGUCGCCUGAAAUCGUGGUUGUUGCUGGAAACAAGCUGCGGUUGGACAUUCCGAUCACUGGGGAACCAAUGCCAAGAAUCAUAUGGAUGAAGGGUGACAAAGCAAUCCUGGAGUCUGGAAACCGGGUGAGGGCAGAGUCAUUCCCUGACCACACCUCCAUGGUCAUCGAUAUAGCGGAGAAAGACGACACUGGGGUCUACAAGAUUGUGGUGCAGAAUGAAGCGGGAGAGGACAGCGCCACGCUGAAGAUAAAGGUCGUCGAUGUCCCUGACCCUCCGCCAGCUCCAAUAGUUACUGAGGUGGGAGGUGACUGGUGCUCGAUGAUGUGGAACCCUCCGGACUACGACGGAAACUCGCCGAUUCUAGGCUACAUCAUCGAGAGGAAGAAGAAACAAAGCUCCCGGUGGAUGAGGCUCAACUUUGACCUCUGCAAAGAGAUGACCUUUGAACCCAAGAACAUGAUUGAAGGGAUUCCCUAUGAAGUCCAGGUCAUUGCGGUCAACGCCAUUGGGAUGUCUCGGCCCAGCGAUCCAUCCAAGGCCUUCGUCCCCCUCGCGCCAACCAGCGAACCCACACUGCUCGCCUGCGACGGCGUGACGGACACCAGCGUCUCACUCAAGUGGCGUCCGCCUGAACGGAUCGGUGCGGCGGGGCUGGAUGGCUACCUCAUCGAGUACUGCCUGGAAGGAAAGGACGAGUGGAUUGUGGCGAAUACCGAGCUGACGGACCUGACGAAGUACACCAUCAACGGCCUGCCGACUGGCGAGAAGAUCCACGUGAGAGUAAAGGCUGUGAACGCGGCCGGAGAAAGCCCCCCGAUCAGCAUGGCCCAGUCCAUACUCGUCAAGGAGGUAGUGGAGCCUCCCAAGAUCCGUCUUCCCCGGCAGCUGAAGCAGACGUACAUUCGCAAAGUUGGGGAGUCGCUGAAUCUCAUGAUCCCUUUCCAGGGAAAACCCAGGCCAAAGGUCUCCUGGACAAAAGAUGGUGGUCCUUUGGAUCUAAGCACCAUCAGCAUUCGCAACACGGAAACGGACACCGUGAUUUUCGUCCGCAAAACCGAGAGGUAUCAUUCCGGCAAUUAUGAGCUUGCGGUGCAGGUGGAGAAGAUUGAGGACAAGGCCACCAUUGUCAUUCAGGUAGUAGAGAAACCGGGCGCCCCGUUCACUGUACAUAUCGUUGAAGUUUGGGACACCAAUGUUGAGUUGGCAUGGACGCCCCCCAAGGACAAUGGGAACGCAGCCAUCACCGGCUACACGAUUCAAAAAGCCGACAAAAAGACCAUGGACUGGUACACGGUUGUUGAUCACUACCACAGAACCAACUGCUUCAUCCCCGACCUCAUCGUGGGGAACGAGUAUUACUUCAGAGUCUUUGCGGAGAACAUGUGUGGACUGAGCGAUGAGGCAACCAGAACAAAGAACAGCGCCUUGAUUAAGAAGCAGGGUCUGUCGCUAAAGUCUCCUGAGUACAACGACUUUGACUUCAAUGAGACGCCAAAGUUCACCCAUCCUCUUAUCAAUACGAUCGCGGUGUCUGGAUAUAACGCGACCUUGAACUGCAGCGUGAGAGGCUUCCCCAAGCCCAUAAUAACCUGGAUGAAGAACCGGAUGGUGAUCGAGAACAACCCUCGAUACCGGAUGUUCGCGAACCAGGGUGUCUGUACCUUGGAGAUCCGUAAGCCCAGUCCCUACGACGGCGGCCUGUACACUUGUAAAGCCAUCAACCCUCUGGGCGAGGAUGAAGUGGAGUGUAAAAUGGAGGUCAAAGUUGCGCAGUAAGGAUUUGUGAUUUGUAUUUGUUCAUCCAGGUGGCUUCCAGUUCCAUGAGCUGAUGCUUCAGGGAAUGCCGCUCGGUAUCAUACGCUUAUACGUCGGCUCAGAGAGUGUAUUAACACCGCCGUGAGGUGGCCAGGCAACUCGUUCUCUCUCUCUCUCUCUUCUCGGAUCCGAAUGUGAUUGUGGUUUAUUGUUAGAGUUUGACUGUGCUUUCAUUGUUCACAAACUUGCAAUGGUUUGGCUUUGAGCUGCCAAUCCACAUCUUGUACACUGACCCCUGGACUUGGAGAUGAUUUAAUAUAUAAAUGGAUAACUGUAACAAGGUGGCUUGUUUUUCAGAAGGGGAAGUGGGGGGAAGGAAUUAUGUUUGUUUACAGACAUCUAGAAUAGAGAUUAAGUCUUGCAUGCUGAAUUAUAGUGCAAGUAUUGAAAGAUUUGAGUAAUGUUGUUAUGAACACAGCCUAUUAGUAGAUUCUUCAUUCAAAGGCGAUAAAAACAUUGUCUUUUAACAAUUAUGGUGUGCACAAUCAAUGUCUAUACACUAAUAGGCUGCCUCUGUUAAAUGUGUUUGUUUGAAGAUUUAUUUGAUAGUCAAUCCAUGGUCUGAAUGUCCUGUGUUAACAAGGCUCUUGCUGUGCACAGAUCCCACUGCAAUCCUCUGCUCUUUAACUGAUGGUCACAUUCACUUGCUCUGCCUGCAUUCACAAACUACUUGUCCACCAAAGAUAGACACAAAAUGCUGGAGUAACUUGGCACGCCAGGCAGCAUCUCUGGAGAAAUUAGGCAACAUUUUGGGUUGAAACCCUUCUUCAGACUGGGAGUCAGGAGAGGGAGAGAAAAUGGAGACUCUGAAAUGUUCUCCCAACUCCAAGCCAAUGGAGACUCUCUCUUAACGCACGUUGUGUAAAUCCCGAAAAAACAUUAAACAUCUGUCUCAAAUCAUCUGUGAUUUCGAGUUUCCCUCUCCCCUGACUCUCAGUCGGAAGAAGGGUUUCGACCCAAAAUGUCACCUAUUCCUUUUCUCCAUGGGGAUAUGUGGAGAAAGCUGGAACGGGGGUACUGAUUUUGGAUGGUCAGCCAUGAUCACAUGGAUGGUAGUGUUGGCUUGAAUGGCCUACUCCUGCAACUAUUUUCUAUGUUUUUUUCCAGAGAUGCUGCCUGGCCCACUGAAUUACUCCAGCAUUUAGUGUCUGCUUUCAGUGUAAAAUCAGCAUUUGAAGUUCCCUCCUGCACACUACUUGUUCACCAUGUUCUGCAGACUCUGAAAUGUUCCCCCAACUCCAAGCCAAUGGCAACACUCUUUCAUUACUCACGUUGUGUAAAUCCCUCUCAAUGUUAAACAUCUUUCUCAAAUCUUCUGGGAGACUUCUGUUGAUGUUGAUAGGUACCAUUGUAAAGUGCUGUAACAUCUUUAUUGCGUAAAUCUGGCUUUGAAAAUGGUAAAUAAAUGCCUUAAAUUACCUUU